GCCUCUUUUGGUUCCUCGUUCCCAAAGAAGCUGUACGAAGCGCUGAUACCAACGACAUUAGGCGCCCUUAUUUCUGUUAGCGCCAACCGUAUUUACCAUAUUGCCCACACCCACACGUCUACACGAGCACGUCCGUAAAUGCAAAGGUCGAGUCGCACUCGCGCGUUGGCGUGUGCCGUUGCCGCGUUGCAAGAGGCAGGCACAUCAACGCAAUGCCUCUUUGCGUUGAAGCGGCCGUUUUUCUCCACGCGCACCUACACGCAUCCGUUUUCUGCCGAGCAGCACCCAGAGGAGAACAUCGAGUUUAACGCCACGGAUCAAGAGGCAGCAGCUGCUACGGCUGCAAUGACGCUGCCAUCCUCCUCCUCCUCCUCUGCCGCCCCACAGCAGCGGUAUCGACGACGCUCCUCCAACCCGCAGACGCCACGGGAAAAGGCGGACUUCCGGCGCGACUACAAAUACGCCAAGCACCGCCCAUUGCCUGACGCACCGUGGCGGCAGUUGAAGACAAGGACGUAUCUCGAUGAUGCGGAGCGGCUGUACGGGCGCAAGGAGACGUGGCACUCCGUGGAGGACGCCGUGCUGCGCGAGAAGCUUGUGGCGAUAUUGCAGGACUACCUGCGUGACACUCUCGCUGCUGCUCGCCUGGAGGCAAAGGAGGCGCGCAAGUACCACCACCUCUGCUCGAUCGCCGCGAAGCAGUACCGCGCUCACGUCUCCUCGGGCGCCUUUGGCUUGGCGGACGGGAUGCAGGCGUGGGCGCUGGACGUGCUGAAAAGCCGCUCUUCGACACUGCAGUCCAAGUCCGCAAGCGGAGAGGUGAGCGCCGACACGACAGCGGACUCGACUGACACAUUAAGCUACGCUUCUUCUUCGCCAAUUCUCACGGAGGGAGACGUGUCGAUGACGACGCCGUCUGCCACCUCCACGGACGAAACGGCCGCCGCUGAGUUUCGCGAGAAGCGUCGACGUCGGGGCGAGCAGGCGGUCUUGGCGCACACGGCGGCCAUUACAGACUUGCCGGACGCGGACGUGCGUCACACCCCGCAGUCGGCGUUCCCGUUUCUUCGCCGCCGUGCCGUGGAGGACGAGUCCACGCUGGACCCCUCCCUGGUGGAUUGGACGGCGAAGUACUUCCCAGAGGACGACGCGCGCACUUUCGCGGAACCACCGAAGCUGCGCCAACAUGGAGGGGGGAGCGCACGCGACACCGCUGGGGAGGAAGAUGGCGGCGGCGAUGCGUCGUCCCGCAACGAACAACGUACGCACGGGUUUGGAUUUGGUGGCCCACGCGUCGACACCGCAGGCAACGCGGUCGAUCCUGCUUCCCUGAACUCGACAGCGACGUCGCGUCGUGCUACGUCGGUGCAUGCUCGGCAUCGCCUGCAGCGCACCCUGCGUGACCACGAAAACCGUCACCGGUCUACAUUCGAUGCGGAGGGCGUGUAUUACAAGGUGCGGCGCCAGAGCGAGGUAGAUGAGCGGGCACCGAAGCCGCAGGCGGUGAAGGCGUCCGACUUGGAGCCGGCUGGCAGGCGGUCGGAGGUGGUGAAGGUGCCGUGGAGCGUUGCGUCCAAGGCAAAGGCGCAGGGGUACUCGAGUGAGACGCUGCGCGCAAAGGAGCGGCUUAUUCGCCUCACGCGCGGUGAGGAUCCGGAGACCAUUCCAUAG